GAGUAGUACGCACAACACAUCGGUAUUUCCUAGGUAAUAUAGGCACACAAUGUUACCGUACCUGUUGCUAGUUUUGCUAGCGUCAACUGCGGCUGAGAGAGAUCCACGAUGUGCCCGGUACACACGUGGUGCGCAGGCACGCACGUUGCCCCAUGAUACGGACUGCACCAAGUUCUACAUGUGUGAUAUCCAGGGCAAUGCGCUGGAGAUGAAGUGUCCCAAAAAUACAUUCUUCAGUGUUGAUAGUGGCAUUUGCACGUUUGACGAUUCCGCGUGCUCUGGAGGGGGAAGUGCUCCCGUGGUGAAACCUAUGUUACCGAUCAUCAACAAGGUACCUGUUGCUGAGAGCAACAAUGUUUUCAAGCCUACCUUACCGAUUAACAGCAACGUAAAUGUUGUUAGCAACACCAAACCAACUUUGCCGAUCAUCACCGGAGUGCCUGUUGCUGAGAAUAGCAACAAAGAUAGUGUGGAAACAGGAAUCCAGAAUAACAUACAGAAACCUACUUUACCGAUAAUCACCGAUUUAAACGUGGUUGAAAAUAACAAACCUUUUUUGCCGAUCAUCAACGGAGCACCUUUUGCUGAGAAUAACAACAAUGAUCUUGUGGGAUCAGGAGCUCAGAACAAUGUGUUGCGGCCAAUAUUACCGAUAAUAACCAAUCUAAAUGUUGUAGAAAAUACCAAACCUACGUUGCCGAUCAUUAAUGGAUCACCAGUUUCUGAGAAUAACAGCAAUGAUCGAGUAGGAUCAGGAGUUCAGAACAAUGUGUUGCGUCCUAACCUACCGAUAAUCACCCAUGUAAACGUUGUUGAAAACAUCAAACCCACGUUGCCUGUCAUUAACGGAUCACCAGUUGCUGAGAAUAACAACAAAGAUCGUAGGGAGACAGCAGUUCAAAACAAUAUGGUGCAUCCUUCUCUGCCGACCAUCAAUAACGUGAAUGUUGCUGAAAAUAGCAACAAAGAUCACGUAGCAUCUGGAGUCGAGAUCAACGUUGUGAAACCAACUUUACCGAUCAUCAACGUUGUUCCGAUAGUUGCAAACAACAAUCAAGAUCGUACAGCACCCCAGAACAGCAUUGGUCUAUUGAAACCUACAUUGCCGAUCAUCAGCAACGUUCCAGAUAACAAUAACAACAAAGAACGUGCAGCUGCACUGGGACCGAUCUGCAGAAAUAAAAAUAAUGGAGUCAAAUUUCCAUUGAUUGAAGAUUGCUUCUCCUAUGUGAUUUGUAUACAACAAAAAGCUUCCAUCUUUACCUGUCCUGAUGGGUUGGCGUAUGACGCUAAAGGUGCCAAGUGUUCUGAUUCAAUCAAGUGUGAGAUGCCCAAACCAAAGCCCCCACCGAAACCCACCCUAACACGACCGGAAAAGCCAGAGGUCGUCCAACCUCAAGUUCCAGUCAACCAAACCCCUGGACACCCAAUGCUUCCACCACUAAACCCGAUUCUACCAAUGCCUGAGCUUCCAGUGAUUCAACCUCAAGUCCCAAUUUACCCUAAGCCAGAUCUCCCAGUAGUCAUACCUCAAGCUCCUAUUCGCCCCAAGCCCGAAACUCCAGCGUUUCCACCCCAAGCACCAAUCCUGCCGUUGCCUGAGCUUCCAGUCAUUAAACCUCAAGUCCCAGUCAAUCCAAAGCCUAAUCUUCCAGAAGUUUUGCCUCAGGUUCCUACUCGCCCCAAGCCCGACCAUCCCGUAAUCCCUCCUCAAGCUCCAAUCCUCCCGAUGCCCGGACUUCCAGUGCUCCCUCCUCAAGCACCAAUCCUGCCAACUCCUGAGCUGCCCGUAAUCCCUCCCCAAGCUCCGAUCUUACCGAUGCCGGAACUUCCCGUCAUACCGACGGAUCCACCCAAGGACACUAUAUCGGGGCCAAUUUUCAUGCCCUACAGCGCCCCGCGUCUCGUCCAGGACUCUCGCUGCAGUGAUCGUUCUGCGCUGAACUCAUCGAUAAUGCUGCCGGCGGUACACGAUUGCACCAAAUUUGUCGUCUGCGUCGGAAGCAUGGCCUACGAGAAGCAAUGUCCCGUGGGUCAACACUGGAGCACGGAGCGCAACUACUGUGACUUUAUUGAUCGGGCAAAGUGUUUGGCGUAAAAACGAAUGAAAGAUUAAACUUAACAACCUGUUCAUUACCAGUUACAUGUAGAACAUUGAACAUAAAUUUG